ACGAAGUAAAGAUUACUUACUUUGUAUUGUUGGUAUGUAAUAUUGUUAAUGGUCUUGGAUUUUAAUUUUUGAUUUCAUAGGAUCCUUGCAUAUCCUUCAAGUUGAAGCCCUCGUGUUCUCUCUUCUCCAAAGUUCCUCUCUUUCUGAUAAUUUUCAAUAUAUGGGUGAAACGGGCAAGCGAUAUCGAGGUCAGAGAGAAAACUAUGGGGAUAGUAAGAAUCAGAGAAGACGGACUGAUAAGGAGGAGAAGGGCGGUGAUGAAUUGAUUGCAUACAGGAUUCUGUGUCCUGACACGGUUAUCGGUAGUGUGAUCGGUAGAGCUGGAAAGGUGAUAAAUUCGAUAAGACAGGAGACGAGAGCGAAGGUGAAGGUGGUGGAUCCAUUUCCUGGUGCCAAGGAAAGGGUGAUUACUAUCUAUUGUUAUGUAAAGGAGAAGUUAGAUAUUGAAUUUGAUGAGGAGUAUACCAAUAAUGCACCCCUUUGCCCUGCUCAAGAUGCUCUUCUUAGAAUGCAUGCUGCCAUUGCUAAUGCAUUGUCCAGCUUGGGUGAUUUUGAGAGGAGGCAAAAAGAUAUAGAAGAGUGCAACAUUCUCGUCCCAGCUAGUCAAUCUGCUAAUGUAAUUGGCAAGUCGGGGACCACUAUAAAGAAAUUGAGAAGCAAUACAAGGGCUAAUAUUAGGGUUACUCGUAAAAAUGAUACGGACCCGAGUCAUUCGUGUGCUAUGGAUUUUGACAAUUUUGUUCAGAUUUCAGGAGAUUCUGAGGCUGUUAAAAGUGCGCUGUUUGCUGUUUCUGCAAUCAUGUAUAAGUUUGCUCCUAAAGAAGAAAUUUCCCUUGAAACUAGUGUGCCCGAGGUUGCACCAAGCAUCAUUAUUCCUGCUGACAUGCCUGUUUAUCCUGCCAGCGGAUUUUAUACUGAUCCCAUAGCUCCUUCUAGGUCUGCUUCUCUAAUGGAUGCUCAUGCACCAGAACUUUCUGUUCCAGGCUAUGCUGAUUCAGGAGGCAUGUGGUCUGUUGUUGUCCCUGGUUAUAAUGGGGCCUCUCGGUCUGAGGAGCUGACAAUACGGGUUUUAUGUCCUUCUGAUAAGAUUGGGCGUGUCAUUGGGAGAGGAGGGUGUACUAUCAAAAGUGUAAGACAGGCCAGUGGUACACACAUUGAGGUUGAUGAUACUAAAGCUACCCGAGAUAAGUGCAGUGAAUGUUUGAUUACUGUAACUUCAACUGAGUCAUCGGAUGAUCUACAAUCAAAGGCAAUUGAAGCUAUCCUAUUACUUCAAGAAAAGAUCAAUGAAGAUGCUGAAAAUGUUACCAUGAGCCUUCUUAUUCCAUCUAGAAAUAUUGGGUGCAUUAUAGGGAAGAGCGGUUCAAUAAUCAAUGAGAUUAGGAAAAGGACCAGGGCUGAUAUCCGGAUUUCAAAAGUAGACAAUCCCAAGUGUGCUGAUGAAGGUGAUGAAUAUGUUGAGGUGUCUGGAGAAGUUAAAAAUGUCAGAGAUGCACUUAUACAAAUUAUUCUUAGGCUCCGUGAUGAUGCUCUGAAAGAUAAGGCUGGUGCUAGCAAUCCUUCUGUUGCUCCUGAUUCUUUAUACCCUGGUAGCAGUGGAUUUUCACUGCCUCCUGUUUUACAAACUGUUCCUCCAGUCAACCCUUUGGGUUAUGAACCAAGAACUGAGUCUGGAGGUGGGGUUGGCAAUAUUGGCAUGUAUUCAUCUAGUAGCCAUUACAAAUAUGGAUCAUUGUCGAUGGGAGAUGAUGGAUAUGGAUCCUCGUAUUCAUCCAAGCUUUAUGGAGGAUUGCUGCAAUCCUCUACUCUGGAGAUAAUGAUUCCCGCUAGUGCAGUAAGUAAAGUUAUUGGAAAAAGCGGGGCUAAUCUUUCCAAUAUUCGUCAGAUAUCUGGAGCAGUAAUAGAGAUUUCUGAUCCAAAGUCUUCUCGUGGAGACCGUGUGGCACAUAUAUCUGGCACACCUGAGCAGAAGCGUUCAGCUGAAAAUUUAAUUCAGGCAUUCAUUAUGGCUACUUAAGUGUUUUCUUUGUAGAAAAGUUGAAACUGGACUAUAAGGGUGUUAUUCUCUAUACACUUUCUCUAGGCUAUUCCAUCAGUUCUCCUUUUUACAAUAUUCCACCAGUUUGUCUCCAUCAAAAAUGCCAAUCAAGAUAUUGUGCCAGAGGAUUCGCACACAGAUCUGUCUAGAUGGAGCUUAGAUCUCAUGGCUACUUAGUCUACUCAUCUUUUGCGGGCUGCCUUGCUUUAGUUAGGAUCCUUCAAUCCUUUCUUGACUUUGUGCUAUCCAUCUAUACUCUUGCAGUUUCCAUAAAUAACAUAUUGUUUCUGACUGAAAGGUUUUUCUUCUACUGAACAUAAUAAUCAAACCAGUGUUGCAUGUUCUGGUGUUCAUAUGCUUUUCCUCCAUUCCUCCUAUAUAGCUUCUCAGGUUUAUUUUUUGCUAUAAUAUUCGUUCAGAAACUGCAUCUGCUUUUCAUGUCCUCUUAUGCUCUUCCAUGUCAGUCAAUGUCAGAUUGUCAGCUUAAGGUCUGAGAAUUUGAGAUUCUGAGAUAUAGUUCUCGGAAUUUAAAGCUUGUAAAUGCUGUGGGGAAUGUUUAUAUUCCCUUUUCUAGUCAUGUAGGCCUGAUCCGUGUCAUAAUGCUUGAUUUGAGAUCAUGUUGCCUUGUAAGUGUCAUGUUCCUGAAUUGUCCAUUAGACACAAUAGCUUGAUCUCUGCCCUUCUUCUGCUUCUGAAAUUCAGUGUUUUGAAUCUGCCUGCCAUUGAAGUUAUUUACUCAGAAAUCUGAAAGAAUUGUAUCUACCUGGAUUUGAGUUUAUUAACUCAGCUAACUUCUAAUACCAGCUUUUAUGGUACAAAUCCAUUACAAGAAGCAUAUUCUGCUGUAGUAAUUGGCAGCAAACUCAAAUCCUAGGCUCCUAGCUCCCUUUUAAAAAAAAAUAAAAAAACUGUUUGCUGUAGUUAAGUUAUUUUGGUCAUUUCAUAGUGAUUUCCCAUUGUGAGGGUUUGUCUCUGCAGUCUAAAUUCUAAUCUUGACUCAACCUCUUUUUUUUUUUUUUUUUCUAAUAUUAAUCUCUUCAUAUCUUUUGUUUUGUUUAUUAGCAAUUACAGGCCCCCUCUUUGGAGUAACUCAUUUUCUUCUGUGCUUUUUUGAAGCUGGAUUUCCUUAGAGAAAUGUUAUGAUGUCCAAAGUUUUUUUUUUCCUCUAUGUAUAUUACUCGUGGUUUCCUGCUAUCAUCGGCUCCUCUCUGCCUUCUGUUUCCUUUCUUUUUCCAUCCUGAAUCAUAACUUGGUGUCUUGGUGUGUGUUCUCGAAGAAAAGAGAGUAAAUUAUGCACAUUCACUGUGCUAUUGGGAUGAAAUUGAUAAUGUGUAGAACUAUGUCAACGGGCUAGCAAUUUUAGUGCUUAGAGAUGUUGCCUUUUCUUUUCCUUGCCAAACAGCUCAUCAGAGGAAUGGAGGAAGAUGUUUAGGACUCUAAAAACCAAAAUUAUCAUUCUAUGCUAGUAGGCCCUUUCCUGUAAAGUUUUUUGUAUAAGCUUAGAUUCAAAGGUAGUAAAAGAAAGUAUUAAGAACUUGUGAGGAGCCUUUUCUAGUCAUGAAUUCUUAAUCUUAAUAUGUUUAUCUCUGGCUCCAUUUCUAUUAGCUUAUAUGUUUUCUAGAAAUUAUGGUGUUAGAUUGCUUAACCUCCAAUUAGUGGAACAUCUGUUGCUUCUUGUUAAACCCUGAUGAACUUAGAAAUCUUUUUCCUUUUAUUCUUGGUUUGGUUUUUGGUACUAGGUCUCUUAAGCUACUUGAAGAGUGGACAACACAAGAAGCAUGAAAGAAAAGAUAUUUAGACCCAAAAUGUGUUUUUUUUUUCUUCUCUUUUGUGAUUGUGGGUUUUUCAGAUUUCUUGAUUAGCAUUCUUUACAUCCUUGCCCCCUGCUGUGUGUCGAUUUAGUUAUAUCUUAUAUUUUGCUUGUGGUUUUUUCGUGAGCUGGGUUCACAUUGGGAGGUAGUUUUUGUUGAUGAGCCUGAAAACUGAAAUAGGAUAUCAUUUUGUAGGCUAUAUAAAGCAAGCACAUCUCACCUGCUGCUUUCUGGUUAAGAAGAUGGUAGAGUCUGAAGGCAGUCAUAGAGUCUGGACCUUUUAUUUAGGUAACUUGUACUUUCAUUCUAGUUUAUCACACUAUCUUUGAGUGCUCCAGACUAGGCAUAGUUAGCUUGGUUGAAUCUAGUGCUUCUAUAAUGUAUUUGCAGCACAAGCUUUUCAACUUCUCAUUUUCAAGGCAAUUUAGAGAAGAUGAACUAGUGGUAUCCAGGUAGACAUAGUUGUGUCCCAAACUGACCAUAAAAAGGGUGCUUACAUUUUGAUCAUACCUAUGAGUUUGGCUGCUUUUUAAGGUAUUAUAACUCCAAGGAGUUGAUUGAAAACGUCUCUGUUGAUCUUGGUGACUUUGUUGCAAUGUGCUGGCUUGUGCUGGGUGCUUGAUGUCUGUCCAGGUAGUUUUACAGCGUUGCUGUGAUUUAACAUAGCUUGUGCAGUUAUUACAGGCUUACAUUUUUGGCGUGGUUUAAGCUGUGUAGGUAUUUUGUUGGUUGCCUGUUUUGCUCCUUUAAUUUUGUUGGCUUUAUUUGGAUUAGUAAUUGUUGCAGGUCUUGUAAUAAUACUUAGUAGAUAGUGUUGUUGAAUUUUUAUAUUGACUAUUGGAUAAUAUUCUAUUGUGUACAUGACCGCCUUAUGACAUGAUCUUAAUGAAUAUGCAUCUGAGCUUUGAUCUUCGCUUGUUAA